UAUGUCCAAAAUGUCGAUAACAUUCUGUUGAAAGAGCAACCUGUUUACCCUCCAUCGCCCCACAUCAAACCUGCGAAUCGAUUGGAACCAGGAAACCAUACCUGGCGGUUCUGCUUUGAACUUGGAACGCCUGUAAUGGAAAGCAUCCAGGGUCUCUCGCAUGCAUCCUUGAGGUACAUAGUGGAGGGAGAGGUGUCGAUGAAAAGACUAGUUUCUUCCAAUCUUCGCGCUUCUCAGAACUUUCAAGUCAUUCGUGGCAUCGACGUGAGCCUCGCGGGAGAUAGAUCUUCAGAACAGCAAAAACAAUCCGGAUCACAUUCCUGCGGUCUCGAGUAUCAAGUGCGUGCGCCUCCUGUGCUUCAUCGAUGGGGUGAACCAAUUGACUUUGAGUUUCGACUUAUCCCCUUAGCGUCCUACGACAUCAAGUUAGGAAUAGCCAGAUUCGAGCUGAGAGAAAAGUUGAACCUUCAAGCCACCUUCGACAAAAGGCUUGUAUCAAAUGUCAAUGAAGUCUCCGUGAUGAGAGGAGAAAAAGACCUUUCGGGCGAACCAAACGAGUUUCAUGUCCGCUUCCCCCUUUCCCACUCUCUCAAGAUCUGUCGGCAGUCGGUUAGGGAAAGUCGGAUACAAAUAUCCCACAGGAUACAUAUCGAAAUCGAGUUUGCGGAUGGAGAUGAUCGGCUCGGACAGAUUGCCCUUGAUUUUCCUUUUGAGCUGGUCUUUCCUCCCAAUAUAACAUUCGAUGAAGCUGGGAAUGGAUGUUUCGAUCGCGUCAGAUCGGCGCCGAUAAGAGAUGGGGAAAGCCUUUUGGCAGCUCCACCAGCAUUUGGGAAACACUAUCAGGAUGAACUCUACACGCAUGAUGAU